AUGCAAGCGUCCAUCUGUACGGUUUUAUCCAUCCAGCUCGUGUUGGUCUUGGUGAUUGCGUGUGGGAUCUUUCUCUGCACGUUUAUCAUUGAGCAGGAUUCCAUUGCUGCCAGCGUCGAUCAUGGCGAAGGUGCCGUGAAUCAGUGCUUUGACCAAUAUAUUGAGACGAUUCAGGAGGUGGGAGAGUCCUUCAUCACGGACAUUUCCCACCAAAUCAAAAACCAUGUCGAGGGUGUUGUGGACGAUGCCGAGGGUGUCGCUCGGUCUGCUGCAAGAGCAGUUGAAAAGACUGGAUUCAUGGAGGGAAUGGCAACGAACAGUUUUCAUGGCGAUCGGAUGCUACCUUCACUCGGUUGGAUGCUCUUGAACCCGCUAGAAGACAUAGAGGACGAUGUCGUGGAAGACGUUGUCAUCGCUGGCUUUAACUCCACGGAAGAGGAAAACAAUUGGGUCUGGUUUGGAACCAAGUCAAGGAUCCCAAACAGGGCAAUGGAUUGUGACUUUUACUACUACAGGAAUGCAAGCAACUUGUCAAGCUCCCUCUGGUGUAUCGAGGAUCUUUACGAGGAACCAGAUCAGCCCAGUCCAAGCAUCUGGCCUCACCUUUAUUCCCCGGCCAUUGUCAAGCUCCAAGAAGCAACGCCCUGUGUCGUGCCCGAAAACGCCACGCAGAGGCCCCUGACAUGGAUGCCUCUCAACUUUUUUGUCUGGACUGCCAAUGUCGUGGCCCUCACCAGUGUCGUCGGUGGAGUCUUUGGUCCAGAUGGCACUUGCGAAGGGCUGGCCGCUGCCAAUGUACGCUUCACGUCCAUGAACGAGUAUCUCACCGACCUGGCAGGGUCAGCACGGUAUGCCAACCUCAGCAUCGCGUUGAUUGAAAGUUCCUCGGGAACCAUCCUGGGCACGUCGCUCGGAUCCGCCAUCUACAAGGAAAACGUCACCAUGCCGGACGGAUCGAUCAAUGAGGCGGAACGGGCCGGUAAUCUUUCCACAAUGGAAAACCCCUUGGCAAAUGCAGUCAAUGAAUACAUCGAGGAGUCCUACGGCAGUAUUGGGCAGGUGCCGGCUCCUCUCAUUGUCUCGGCCACACUCGAAGGGGCUGAUUACUUUAUCUCCUUCGAAACCUUUUCGAGACCUGAUCUCAACCUGACGAUCCUUGCCUUCCUGCCUCAGCUUUCCAUCACUGGGCCGGCCGAGGCCCAACGGUUCAAUACCCAGCUGGUGCUGGAGGAAUCUGCCAAGGAAUUGGAGGACGAGAGGGAUCUCAGGCUCAUUGUUGUUCUCCUCAUCGGAGUGGGUGGCUUGUUUGUCGCUGCCUCAGUGGCCGGCUGUACAGCUGCAUACCUGUCAAUGCGCAUUCAAGCUUUGGUGGACUUUAUGGAAAAGCUGCGGUCGCUGAUAUCGGAAAUGGCCGAUAAAGAAAUGUCUCGAAGCUCGACCGAGAAUCUUACCCAGCCUCUUCCAGCCGACUUCUUUCCCGUGUUCGAAACGACCCGUUUGAAUGACCUCAACCAUAUCCGAGACGCUACCAAAGACCUGUGUGCUCAACUGCUGGAGACAUGGAACAACAAGCAAGAGGUCUUUCGUCAAGCGUUGGAACAGAGACAGUUCACGGCUUCCAUUGCACACGAUAUCCGCAACCCUCUUCAUGGCGUGCUGGGGAUUGUCGGCAUGAUGCAAAGCAACAUCGAAGAACACAAGGAUAAGCUUCCCUUGUUGGCUGAGACCCUCAAGCACAUGGGCAUCCUGCUCAAUGACAUGGUCGACCUGUCCAAGAUCCAGGGCGGCAAGGUCACCAAUGUCAAGAAGAAGUUUGAUGUAUGGGCCUCCCUACAAGAAGUCAACACAUUGUAUCAGGACAAAGUUGAGUCUGGGGGUGGAAAGCUGUCCUGCGCGGACCGAUUCAGCUUGCCCGAGGCAUACUCCGAUCCGGUCCACGUCCAGCGUAUCCUUACCAACUACGUCUCCAAUGCUUCAAAAUACGCUGCUGGUUGCGAAAUUAUGCUCAAGGCAAUGCUGGUAACGCGCGAACAAGUUCAAAGCCUGUCCUUCCUCGAUCAAUUUGACAGUUACUUUGGUGCAGAGGCGAGCCAUUGGGCAAAGUGCGGCACCCUCGAAGAUGAUCAGUACAUUGUCUUGGCGUGCCUUGACAGAGGAAGGGGAAUCCCUUACUCAAAGCUCCCCACUGUGUUUGAUGCUUAUUCGCAAACCCGUGACGAUGACAGAUCUCGAGGUGCAGGACUUGGUCUAGCGAUCGUGAAAGGGUUAGCGGUGGAAAUGGGAGGAGGAGUCGGUGUGUAUUCUGAGGCUGACAGGGGUUCUCUCUUCUGGAUGGUCGUCACAUGUGACCAGAACCCUCCGCCACCGCCUCUACCUUCGCCUCCAGCCCUCUUUCCUCUUUUCUCCUUGGAUCAGCAAUCUGAGAAAUCCUGCUUGUCCACACCCAUCCUACCUCUGGACCAGAAAUCUGAUGUGAAACCACUUUUCUCCUUGGUGGACAAGAAAUCUGAAGUGAAACCACUUUUCUCUUUGGACGCGCUGCCCCCCAAGAAGGACCCAGGGUUUGACGUUGACGCCCCAUCCAAAGAUCUUCCAAGCUCCUCUGUGGAUACAGAUGAUGUCGAGGACACAAACUACGUCCUUGUGGUUGACGAUACCAAGCUUAACUUGAUGCUUUUGAAGCAUUUCUUGACAAAGCUGAACAUCAAGGCAGAGACUGUAAUGUCAGGGAUGGAGGGAUUGGACAAGCUGCGACAAGACCCUAAAAAGUUCAGCUUGAUCCUUUCGGACUUCAACAUGCCCGAGAUGAGCGGUGGAGAGAUGUGUCUUGAAGUGCGCAAUGACCACCGUUUGUGCAACCUGCCCUUCAUCUGUUCCUCUGGGAACGUUAUCACUAAGGAUGAGAUGGAAACCUACCAAAUGGAUGAAACUCUGAUGAAGCCAUUUACAGCAGAGAAGCUGAAGGAGACAAUUGGGCCUUUCAUGGGCCAUAUUUCCAAAUGGUCACCCUCCUGUGCUGAAGCCUAA